AUGGCCAUCCAAACAACAACCGUUGCGAGCUCUUCCUCGGGAACAGAAGCAGAAGCGGCUUCGAACCCGACGACGGCGCCGUCCGUCUCCGUCCUCACGCUCACGGAAAAGGAACUCACGACGACUUUCACCCCGCCGGCGUCGUGUCUCGAGGUGCAUCUUACACAGUUGUCGUCGCCGGGGUAUGAGCUUUGGCUCAACGAGCCACAGCCCGUGCCGAAUUCGAAGUUUGGGAAUUGUUAUCCAUCGGGGUAUAUUACUGGGUAUACUAGUGGUCAGUAUGAUGGUCCAUAUGUGAUUAACCUGUUUUACUUCUUACGAUGUAUACAAAAUGCCUCGAGUUCUAUCGCUCCUAUGUUCUCGCCGCUGGUCUGUCCCGAAGGUUGGAACACGGCGCAGACGUGGGCGAAUGGAUAUAUAGCUUGUUGCGCCGAUGGUUUUCAACUUCAUCUUCCCGACACUACGGUAGACACCAACCGUCCGGCGUACGGGGGUACCUGCUAUAGUAAUUUCAAAGUUGGCCAGACUGCUACGGUGACGGCGUAUGAUAGCGCGAGUGUUACGGCGACGGUCGAAUGGGUCGCCUCGGCUACUAACGACCAAGCCUAUGCGCAUCCCAUAGAUGGCUUUGCAGUGAGUACGGAUGACGACUCAGGAUCUACCAGACUCUCAGGUGGCGCAAUCGCAGGCAUCGUAGUGGGCGUCCUAGUAGCCGUGAUCGCUAUCCUCGUUGGCUUAUUAUUUGUCUUGAGACGGUCUCGCCAGAAGAGAAAGCAGCAAGCGUCCUUCGACGGGUCCCAGCAAGUUCAGCCACAGCAAGCAGUUCCUCAAGAAAUAUACACCAAUAAGGAGCCUUUAACCUCACCCAACUCCGAAUACCCACAAACGCCAUAUACCGCCUCUACCGGAAUUUAUGAGGGCCCAACACCUCCUUACAAGCCUACGGAACAUUACGAACUUGAUUCUCAGACGCCGAAUGAGCUCGACUCGGGAUGGGCGGGAGGCGAACUGGAAAAUCGGGAGGUGCCGGCGCAUAGACGGAAUUGA